GAGCCUAGUUGUAAAAACUGUUGACGACUGCCAGCUAACUUACUAGCUUUAGGAGUAAGGUCUUUGACGUGAUAUUUUACCUGACAAUCAUUAAAAACACCACGAAAAGUGGCGUUAAUUUUACAACAAGCUGCUCAGUGGUUUUCCAAGAUGAAUGGCCGCAUAUUCUUAGUAACGGGUGCUACAAAUGGCAUAGGGCAGCACACGGCUCUCCAACUUGCUAAGACCGGCGCGACAGUCCUUGUUCACGGCAGAGCUCUGGCGAGGGUUGAAGCCACCGUAGCGGACAUCAAAAAGGCAACAGGUAAUGAAAACAUCAAAGGCUACAUUGCUGAUCUCGCAUGUUUGGCAAAUAUCCGCCGUCUCUCAGAUGAGCUCCACGCCUCUCAAAAGCACAUUGACGUCCUAAUCAACAAUGCUGGUGUGUAUGAGAAGAAGAGACAGGAAUCAAAUGAUGGAUAUGAAUUGACCUUUGCUGUGAAUGUCAUGGCACCUUUCUUGCUGACAUCUCUCCUUCUGGACCUCCUAAAGGCUGGUAAUAAAAGCAGGAUUGUUAAUGUCAGUUCCAUCUCCCAGUCCAGUUUUCUUGAUCUUGAUAACUUACAGCUCAAACAUGAUUAUGGCAAGGGUGAUAAAGCAUAUGAGCAGUCGAAACUAUGUGAUAUAAUGUUCACCAUAGACAUGGCUGAACGAUUCCGUAAAGAUGGCAUCACAGUGAACUGUUUAGACCCAGGAACUGUCAAUACCCAGAUGCUACUGAAGGUAUGGGGAGCAAUAGGAAUUCCCACUGACGAGGCAGAUAAUGAAUUUCAUCUUGCAACUGAUGCAAAAUUUGAAGAUGUCACUGGGGAGUAUUUUGUGGAUAUGAGAAAAACUAGGGCCUCAGCAGUAGCUUAUGACAAUCAGCUCAGAGGGAAACUUUGGAAACACCUUGUGGACAUAACUGGUGCACAGUAUGACUAGAUGUUUGUUUAAAUUUGAUAUGCAGGUUUUGUGUACUAUUGUCAUAAACUUUAGUGAAUAUUAUUUUAGAUUCAUUCGCAAAGUAAUGAUACUAUUUGAAUAAAAUGUUCACUCCUAAUUUGAAUUUUACUUUGAUUUAUUUGUUUUUCCUUUUUGUGAUUGUCUAUGGAGUUGAUAAUAUACAUGUCUGUAGAUUAAUGUUAUUAUAAACAUGCAUCACAAAAGGAUAGUUACUUGGAUUUAUUGGACUUUAAAAGAUGAUAAUUUUCAGCUGUAUUUUUAUCAUCACUUUUCAAUGUUUUGUACAUGUAAUACUUAUUUGAUUCUCUUAUGAUUUAAAAUGUGUCUUGUAAAUAUUUCAAAGUGCCAUACUCAACAAUUUUUCAUCCGAUAUCUAUAUAACUCUUAUCUCUUGUUUAUGGAGCAUAACUACAUGUACAUGUAUUCUGGACAGAUCUUGCAUUAAUUCUUAUAUAGUGCGCCUAUAUUAGCACAUUAUUUGUAGUACACAACUUGUAGUACUUUGAUAUUUUUAUGAUGUAAUCGCAGACAGAGUUAACUUUUUCUUUUUAAGUGAACAUGCCUUCAAGUUCCUAUACUUAAUUCUCUUCUU